AUGGAGCUCUUUGGUUCAGCCGAACCAAAGGGACUGCUGUACAACCUAUUCACAAUAUCCUGUACAGCAGCCGAACGGCUCAGCCAAGCCGAACCACAUGCGUUCGGCACGGCUGAGCCAAAGACACAGCCGAAGCGGGAAGAACGGUUUGACAAGCUCACAUGGACCCCAGGACACUUUCAUAGCAAGCAAAAGAUGAAUAUUAAAUGUUCGAAACAGUCUGAAGUUUCCCCAGUGCUGACUUCCUUUACCUUUGGCUUGGCACUCCUUUUGUGUUCUGCUGCCUUUUACAAUUCCUACCAAACCAAACCCGUUGGAUGCUGUUGUGGCAGAUGUGAGCUGGCAACGUGCAGAGCAAACCACACUUUGUCCGGUUACAAGCCAGAGAUUGUCGCCCAGAAAGGAAUCCGAAAUCUACAAACCCUAGAGCCGGAGAUUACCUCUGUCUUUGUUCCCCCCUUCAUCCCCAAAGAGGAAACGGCGACAACAUCUGCUCAGAACAACUUCCAGCGGCUUCCCAGGCGGCGCUCGUUCCGCAAGAAGAAGGAAAAGCCCAAGUUUGAGGUCGGCUCCGCCAAUGGUGGGAGCGAGACCACCACAGAGGAGAUCAGCGUGCCCAAAGACAUCGAUCUGAUAGGGUUGCCGCAGCUCUGCUUUCCAGGGGGGCUGCCCAUAACCUCGGAACCUAAAGAAGACACUUUCCACUUCCUGGUGUUCACAGAUGUUUUGGGGAACAGAACGUACGGCGCCGUGGCUCAGUUCUCCAGGUCCAUUCAGGAUACGUUGGGGUUGUCCAAUGGGCAGGCUUACUGGGAUUCAUCCUCAAGUCACAUCAAGACCUACGAUACCUACACGUCCUUUGCCCUGUGUGUGAUAUCCAGAUAUCCUUACUACACCGCCCUGAAGGAUUGUCUCUCAUGCUUUCUGGUGCAGCUGAAAUCGUGCAAAGAGUCCGACCUGGACGAGCGAAUAAAGGAAUUUGCCGCCAAGCUGUCUCUAAUACCGAAUCCGCCCCCGGGACCCCUCCACCUGGUAUUCAACAUGAAGCCGCUUCAGAUCUUUUUCCCAUCCCGUGAGGACCCCGAGAGUCCCAUCAUUGAUUUGGAUCUUCACCUUCCGUUCCUCUGCUUCACCCCUAAGCAGGUCUUACAGAUCAUGGCUUGUAUCCUGACCGAGUGCAGCAUCGUCUUCUUCUCUUCGGACUGGGCCUUGCUGACGCUUGUCGCCGAGUGUUUCAUGGUCUACCUCCACCCCAUCAAGUGGCAGCACACGUUUGUGCCCAUCUUAUCCCGACAUAUGCUGGACUUUAUCAUGGCGCCAACUUCGUUCCUUAUGGGCUGUCACGUGGAUCACUACAAUGAAGUGCGCAAGGAAGCUGAAGAUUUGGUCCUAAUUAACAUUGAUCAUGGGAACAUCUCCUUCAUCGUAAAUGAAGACGAGGAGGAGAUCGAUGCAGCAGAUAUUCCUGUAGAAGCCGCUGAGAUGUUCAUGUGCAGAGUGGAAAGCCUUCAGCUGCACUAUGACCGGGAGCUGUGUCAUCGCUCCGCACCCAUUGACAUCGGAGAAGUGAGACUCCGGAGGCGGCUCUGGCAGCAUAAUCUGAAUACAGAGAUACAGGAGAUUGCUCUGCAGCUGAUUGUGGAUAUAUUCCGCUGGAAGAGGGCACCGAGUCAUCCUCCUCCCAACUCACUUCGGCACAACGCCAGGUACAAUACCUCAUGGACCGGGUUGACGACCUUGAAAACUGGUCAAGGUUUCCCUGCUCCCUGCAAGGUCAAGCGGGCACAUCGAGUGGGCCCCCUUAACACCGAACGCAAGACGCCUAGGCCGGUCAUUGUGCGUUUCCUAGAUUAUACUGACCGUCUAGCAGCUCUCCAAGCCUAUCGCGCUAAGAAGGAGCUACACCUGGAAGAGAAACGCCUUCUCAUCUUUGCGGAUUACUCAGCCGAA